UAUCCAUCCAUCUAUCUUUUCCGAACUCUCAUCCAUUUAUCUUUUCCGGACGCGAAUCUCGAUUCGGAUAAAGAUUCGUCUUUCUCCGAUUGAUCUCUGGCCAGUGGUGAUAAUAACUUCGGACAAAUUUGCGCUUUUGCGUUCAAGUAAGUUCGCAAAAGUCAAACCUGGUCGAACCGGCGAACGCGGCGAACUGCUCAAGCGCUCAAGCUCAAACUCCACCAGCGCCUACUACUCGACCGUCGGUGUCUUGGGUGUCUUGACUAUCGUGACUAACUACACGACUACGAACCAUGACCCAGAGUCACUACUUCGCGCCUGGCCUGUGUGUGUAGUAGUACGUGAUACUUGCCGUUGAUCGUGCUGAAUGGGUACGAGCGGUGCGAAUAUGUGGCGUUUGCUCCCAGGCGGUGUGAGGAGAACAUAUCGGAAGGGCGUCGUUGCUAGCUGCGUUGCUGCUGCUCUUGGGACUGGAUACAUGGUUCACCGAGCAACAUUUCAAGAUGAGGUGGCCAGUGCAUCUGACGACUCUUCUUACAUUUAUCUCGCAGAGUCCCGAGCGGCGGUGGAGUCCCCGACGGCGCGCAGCUGGGCCUCCGUCUUCUGGCGUCGAGCACACCGCCACUGGUACUACCUGUCGUGGGCAUGCUCCCACCGCCGCCAGGUGCGCCUGGAUGCUGUGCGGGCGUUGGCAGACCUGAGGCACCUGACCGACGCUCAGUUCCGCGAGAUUGCGCAGGCCUGUGACGUUCGGACCGGCGUCGGACUCGCAAGGACUGCAUCUGCCGACAUGAGGUUUUUCCUGCCCCCGCCGCCCGUGCCAGCGCACCUGUCUCAGGGUGCCCUGCCGGACAAAUUGCGGCUGUUGCUCGUCCAACUGCCUGCCACGGACAGGGGGUCUUGCACCAGCUUUGUCACAUACCACGCGCUUCAAGCUGGACGGCCGCGGAGCCAUCAUGUGGAGGAGCCCUGGCACGGCUCCGUCGAGACUGAGCUGGACCUGGCACUGCAGGCUCUGGUGCGCCACUGCAGCGUGGCGGAGCACCGGCACCGGCUGGUGCACGCCGGCCUGCUCCCCCUGCUCCAACGGCUGCUGCUCGAGCACCCCGAUGAUGUGCGCCUGCACAGCCUCGCUGCGCAGGCCCUGGCUAACCUCUCCCUGGAGCCCGACCUACACCAGGUGCUCUUCCGCUCAGGUUGGGUGGGCAUCCUGGCCCGCUGGUUGCGCAACCCCGAGACCCUGCUGUCGUUCCCAGCCAGCCGGGCUCUGGCCAACAUGGACACCGACUCUUCGUGGCCGAUGGGCUACGGCGACGGCGUUUACCUCUUGCAUCCCGAGUACAGGUCUAGUCCCGUGGAACCCUUGGCAGAUGUGGUCCUGGUGCAUGGCUUGCUGGGCAGCGUCUUCAAGACUUGGCGACAGCACGACAGCCAGGCGUGCGAGGGCAACGACACCGUGGAGCCUCCCCUCGUGGCUGUGCGCGGUGGCGAGCACCGAGUCACUGCCGACCGCGUGAGGGCAGGAACCGUACACCCCCGUUACACCACUUCGUGGCCCAAGAGCUGGCUUUCUGAGGACCUUCCUCGAAUGCGGAUACUGGCCCUGGACUAUGACACCUACCUGAGCCAGUGGGGACUCCACUGCCCCUUAGAACCAGACAGGCGAACCCUCGAGUCCCGCGCAGCCGAGAUGCUGUCCAAGCUGCACCAGGCUGGGGUCGGAGAUAGACCCAUCAUCUGGAUCUCCCACUCCAUGGGAGGGUUGCUGGUAAAGCAGAUGCUGUGCCAGGCGAUGGAGAGGAACGAGGCAGUAGCCCGGCAGACGGCGGGCAUGGUCUUCUACGCGGUCCCCCACCGAGGGGCUUCCCUGACGGACCUGAGUGCCAGCCUCCAGCUGCUGCUGCUGCCCUCGGUCGAACUGCAGGAGCUGCGCAAAGACUCUCCAAAGCUCCUGGAAAUGCACCGCAAGUUCGAGCUCCUGGUGGACCGUUUGAAAAUCCCUUGCCUGAGCUUCGGAGAAUGCGUGCAGACAGUCUUAGGAUUGCGAAUGGGUAAAGUGCUGGUACCCAAGGAGUCUGCAGACCCUGGGCUCGGCGAUUUCUUCCUGGUGAACACGAGCCACCUCGAGAUCUGCAAAUUCCACCAGUGGUCAUCGCUGAGCUAUCAACUUCUACUGGACUUUAUUGAGCACUCAUUGGCCAGUCUAGGAAGAACGGACAGCCAGGCCAAUCCUGCCAACGUUUGUGAAUUGGGUGUAGAGCAUUGCCUCAUGCUCGACUUGUGUUGAGCAUUUUUUUACCUUGCCACGUCAAAGUGACGUGGAAGAAAAUAAACACGUUUUGAACAUACCA